UCUCAUAGAGCUGAAAGAUCCCAAAAAUUCUCCUCUAUCUUCUACCUUCAUCGAUUAGCAGAACUUCCGAAUUGAAAAAAAAUGUCAGGAUUCACACAGGAUUGGGAGCCGGUAGUCAUCCGCAAGAAGGCGCCGACCUCCGCUGCUCGCAAGGACGAGAAAGCCGUCAACGCCGCCCGCCGCGCCGGAGCUGAGAUCGAGACCGUUAGAAAGGCAACUGCCGGGUCGAACAGAGCUGCUUCCAGUAGUACCUCGUUGAAUACCAGGAAGCUUGAUGAAGAUACAGAAAAUCUUGCUCAUGAAAAGGUUCCGACUGAAUUAAAGAAGGCAAUCAUGCAGGCUCGAAUGGAUAAGAAACUCACACAAGCUCAACUUGCUCAGAUUAUAAACGAGAAACCCCAGAUCAUACAGGAAUACGAAUCUGGAAAAGCAAUUCCCAAUCAGCAGAUCAUAUCCAAACUGGAGAGGGCUCUUGGUGCGAAACUGCGCGGAAAGAAAUAAUACAACGGGGUGUAAAUUAUCCUCUAUCAUCUUUCUAUUCGAGUGUUUCGAACGCAUAUCAAGAUACUAAAGAAUAGGUUUGCCUGUCCUUCUGAAACAUGCUUAGUUCUAAAUGAGGCAUCCUUAGAUCUGAUACUCUAAUUGCUUAUGAAAACUUGAUUAUCUCAA